AUGACGGCUGGCGCAGAUCUCAGUAAUCUGUGGCAAAAGCACCUCGUGCACUGGGGAAUUCAGUUUCCACCCAUUCUACACCUCAUUCUCGCUUUAUCUGCCCUCCAUCUCGCCUACAAACAGCCAGACCUCCGAGAGCAAUACAUCCAACAAGCCGACAAUCAUUUCAGCUUCGGAACGCGAUCAAUUACAAGAGUGCUUUCUGAGCUGAACACCGACAACUGCCAAAAAAUUUACAUGUCCGCGGUAAUGAUAUGUUUCAUCUAUUUCGGCAGAGGCCCGCGACCAGGACAAUACCUUAUCUUCAGCGACAGCGGACCCGCCGAAUGGCUGGUUCUUAUGCGUGGAGUGCGAUUAAUUGUUUUAUCUCAUCAUGCUGAGGUCUUCAGUGGGCUUCUCCAGCCAGGGCCCAAUGACUGGAGUCAUACCCUAACGGCUGAGAUGCGACGUGAAUUGCAUGAACACACCGUCCAAACGGAAGCAGUUCGGCGGCUCGUUCAGAGGGAUAUAGCCGAUGGUGAAGCUCGUGGCAGAUACUUGGCUGUCAUUGAAGAUCUCUUGGAAAUCAUGCGCGAGGUUUACGAGAGACGAUCUGCUGGUUCUUCUGGUGUGGAAUUGAUGGAUCUUUUGAUAGGAUGGCUUUAUCGUCUCCCCCAGGAGAUAAUUGGCUCUAUAGAGCAGAAGGAGCCACAUGCCCUUGUUAUACUGGCACAUUGGGCCGUGCUUCUGAAAUACAUGGGCUCAGCGUGGUUCAUGGACGGCUGGGCUGAACAUGUGCUAUCGGGAAUCUCUACAUAUUUGCACGAGUCCUUCCACCCGUGGAUUAAGUGGCCAUUAGAGAAAGUGUAUCCAGCUCAGGUUUCAUAA